GAACAAUACAAUAAUGAACCAUGAGAAACAACCAUCCAAGCAGGGGGUAAGAGUGGGAGGACUCCACAAAGUUAAACAAAGCUUGUAUUUUUCCCGAGCACGGGCGUUUACUUUUUUAGGUGUUAUUGACCAUCUUCUUCCUUCCCAUCAUUACAAACCCUACUCCUUACUCUUUGCUCCAAUAGACCACAAAUCUUCAUCACUCUGUUUGAAGAAUAAGAACAGUAGAUCGAAUUUUUAUGGUAUCGUCUUGGAAUUAAAUGAAAAUGGAUCAUGCUUGAAAUUGAAGAGGGAAAUUCCUAAGGAUUGAAACAUGAAUCAGAAUCAUACGGCGUCGUCUCCUAGACCAUGGAGUGGCGAUUUUGAUUUUGACGGCAGUGAUCGCAGAUUCGCAUAUUCACGCCAAACUUCCUUUCAGCAAUCGGCAGCUGAGCCACACACGCCCAUAUCAAUAAAGCCUUUUCUCUCUCGAAGUGUUUCCAGCAUUGAUAUACCUCCUAAUAUCUAUCCACCACAAGAUGCAUUUGCCAAGUUCAAUGGGGGAGUUUUUCGAGGUAUUAUGUCUGGGAAUAAUAAGCAGAUGAGGAGAUUGUUUAUCUUGAUUUCAUUAAAUGUUGCUUAUUCUACUGCUGAGUUGUCUAUUGGCCUUCUCUCUGGCCGAAUUGGGUUGGUAUCGGACGCAUUUCAUCUGACUUUUGGUUGUGGCCUUUUGACAUUUUCGUUGUUUGCAAUGGCCGCUUCUAGAGAAAAGCCUGACCGUGUUUACACAUAUGGGUAUAAAAGGUUAGAGGUUUUGUCUGCUUUCACCAAUGCUCUGUUUCUAUUGUUCAUGUCAUUCUCCUUGGCUGUGGAAGCACUUCAUGCCUUUAUACAAGAUGAAUCUGAGCACAAGCAUUACUUGAUCGUCUCUGCUGUCACAAACUUGCUGGUGAAUCUCAUCGGUGUUUGGUUCUUCAGGAACUAUGCACGUAUUAAUCUUGUCUAUAGGAAAGCUGAAGAUAUGAAUUAUCACUCUGUUUGCUUGCAUGUUCUAGCUGAUUCCAUUCGCAGUGCGGGUCUCAUCCUGGCUUCCUGGUUGUUGACACUUGGAGUGAAGAAUGCUGAAGUCUUAUGUUUGGGACUAGUUUCUGCCACAGUCUUUUUCCUCGUCAUGCCACUUUUUAGAACUACUGGUGGCAUCUUGCUCCAAAUGGCACCACCAAGGAUCCCAUCUUCAGCCUUGAGCAAAUGCUGGAGGCAGGUUUCAUCUCGUGAUGAUGUUUCAGAAGUUGCUCAAGCUCGUUUUUGGGAACUGGUGCCUGGUCAUGUUAUUGGAUCAAUUUCAUUGCAGGUAAAGGAGGGAGUCGAUGAACGGCCUAUUUUGCAAUAUGUGCAUGACAUAUACCAUGAAUUAGGAAUACAGGACGUGACCGUACAAAUUGAUUAUACAUGAUCAACAUAUUGGUUACUUUUUCAUCUUUAUUUAAUUGAAAGAUGUGAUUUAGUGUUGGUCUUUUUUUAUAUCAAAUAGUUGAUUCAUUCAUUGUCAGCUUGAGAGAACUUUUACCUCUAAGCUGCAAGUGCAGUAAAAUGCAAAUAUUCUUGUUCUAGUGUACUUCUAUUUACAGUAGAAUAUGACAAAUACAUCUUUCGCUUA